CCCUCCCUGUUAUGUCACGACUUCAAUUCUUUGGAAUAAAAACUGCAGCAAACUUCAGAGUCAUUGACUGCAGGCUCAACAAGAGUUAGGGCUUUUUGUCUUUGUGCAGCUUGCAAGGAUCUGUCGAGUUUUUUGCAAAAGUAACUCUGAGGAAACAAUGGUCAAGUUCUUGUUGUGGGCAACUUUUGGAUUAUGUUUUCUGAAGCUUUGUGAAGCACAGACACAAUUUAAUAUAAGUUGCAGAUAUGCUGGGGUUUUCCAUGUUGAGAAAAAUCGUCGCUACAGUCUCAUGAGAGAAGAUGCAGUUGUACUCUGCAGAGCUCUCAAUAGUACCUUGCCAACAAUGGAACAAAUGGAAAAAGCAUACAAACUUGGGUUUGAAACAUGCAGGUACGGUUUCAUAGAAGACAAAAUUGUACUUCCACGGAUCAACCCCUAUCAUCUUUGUGCAGCAAACUAUACAGGGAUUUAUGUACUUUCAUCAAAUACAACACAGCCCUAUGAUACUUACUGUUACAAUGCAUCAGAAACAAGAGACAAAGCCUGUGAACCAAUUCAAAAGCUAGAUUUAAGUUUUGAUAACUCUUCACUUGCUGAUCAGAACCAAAUAGUCAUUGAUAAUGCAGAUGGCUCACGUUACACUGAUGGUGUGAAAAACCCUGACCCAACACCACCUGUCUAUGAUAAUACUGUGGGUAGUGGUUCAUCACAGGAUACAACUACUCAUGAUGAUCCUUCAUUGGAUUUUUCUGGAGCAGGCAAAAAGGAUUAUACUUCAACAGGCCCUGGUGAUGAAAACACAUCAAUGGGUACUACAGCCUCUUCUAUUCCAAUGGGGCCUAAGGACUUUCCUGGAAAAGACAGUAGCGAUCCCUACAAGCAGCAUCCCACAAGUUCUACUGUGGAUCUGUAUCGUCUUGCACCUCAGGAAGCUUCUGUACCAUCUCAGUGGAGUCCAAUCCAUUGGUCGUGGUCCCAUCAACAUCCCCGCGAACAGGAACCAACUCAGGCAUCAGGGGCAGAUAAGGAUUUAGACGACAGUUAUCCAGAAGAAGAAACUGAAGAUCCAUUUAGUUCUGAUUAUGUUUCUGGAUGGGACGACGAGUACAAGGAAAAGAGUCCUUCAAUUACAACUAUGGAUUCUCAAAAUGCUAUAUUUCUGAAAAACACUACACAAUCUCAUUGGAGACCAGUCUAUAUAGAGGACAAGGAGAACAAGCCUACCUCUUCCAGCAAGGAUGUGGACUCCCAUGGUGAUGCAAAGCAAGUAGAUUCAACCCAAGAUCCUUUGUUGCAUAAUGUUCAUCUUGGAUGGGACAAGCAGGAAAGCAAUACCAGAAAUAGCACUGUGGACACGGUGAAGCCUACACUUUUCCAUGAAGUGGAAAGUGGCCAUUCUUCUUCAGCAGCUGAGGACUCCAGUGAAGAAAAGCCAACCCAAGACCCACUAUUCCUCGGUCUUCACCCUGGAAGGAAUGUUGUAGACCAUUCUCUCAAUGCCACCAAUGAUAAUGUGCUACCUGGAAUUACUCCUCCAGCUAAAAGUGAACAUUCUUCUACAGUGAUCGCCAGUAAAGAAAAAGAACCUGAAGAUUCAACCGAAGAUCCAUUGUUUCAUGGCAUUCAUCCUGGAAGGAAUGUUGUAGAUCAUUCUCUCUCAAAUGUCACUAAGGAUAAUGUGCUAUCUGGAAUUUCUCCUCCAAGUGAAAGUGAACAUUCUUCUACAGCAGAAGACUCAAGUGAGGGUGACAAACUUGAAGGCUCAACCCCUAGCUCACUGUCCCCUUUUGAAUCAGGAUGGGACAGUAAAGAUACAUAUCCUGCAAAUACCACUGGGGAUAGCAUGCUACAUGGACUUAUUCCUCCAAAUAUGAGUGAACAUGAAGAAAAUGAAACUUCUCAUUCAGCAGCUGUGAUUUCCAUUGAUGGUUCCCUACAUGAACACUCAACCCAAGUUCCACCAUCUGUUGUGGAUCACCUAGGAGGGAGCACUGAGGAAAAGUAUCCCACAAAAACUAUUGAGAAGAAUGUGCUAUUUGAUCUUACACCACCAAGUGAAAGCAAAAGGGAAGAUCAGACUACUCAUAGAGAUGUGACCUCCAAACCUGAAGCCUCAACCCAAGGGUCGCUUUGGCAUGGUAUUCCCCCUGAACGGGGAACUGGAAAUGAGUAUUCCACAACUACCCCCAAGGAUGGUGUUCUACCUGGAAUUAUUCCUCCAAGGGAAAGGGAUCAUAAAAAUGACACUUCUCACACAGUAAACUCAACCAUCAUCAUAAAAGAUGUUGUCUCCACUGAUGAAAGCUCAACACAAGAUUCCCCGACACCAGCUCAUAAGCCAGGAAGGGGACCUGAGGCCAAACAUCCCAUUAGUACUUCGAGGAAGAAUGUAUCACAUGAAACUACUCCACCAAAUGGAAAAAAAGAAGGAGCUGUGACUUCCACACCUGAAGCUUCAACCCAGGACCCUGUUUGGCAUGCUAUUCCCCCUGAGUGGGGCAAUGGAAAUGAGUAUUCUACAACUACCCCCAAGGAUGUUGCGCUACCUCGAGUUACUCCUCCAAGAGAAAGAGAUCAUAACAAUGACACCUCUCAUACAGCGGUUUUCUUCACUGAUGCCAAACCUGAGGACACAACCCAAGAUUCUCUGACACCAGCUCAUAAACCAGGAUGGGGACCUGAGGCCAAACCUUCCAGUAGUACUUCGAGGGAGCAUGUGUCACAUGAAACUGCUCCAUCAAAUGGAAAUGAAGAAGGAAGUGAAUCUUCUCAUAUGGGUACCACUGUGACCUCCAGACCUGAAGCCUCAACCCAAGAGUCUGUUUGGCAUAAUAUUCCCCCUGAAUGGGGCAAUGGAAACGAGUAUUCUACAGCUACCUCCAAAGAUGUUGCGCUACCUGGAGUUACUCCUCCAAAGGAUAGAGAUCAUAAAAAUGACACCUCUCACACAGUUGUGGAUUCCACUGAUGGUUCCAAAUAUGAAGCUUCAACCCAAGAGCCAUUGACACCUGGAAGGGAUAAGGAAGACACAUAUCCCACAAAGAAUACAAGGCCUGCUGUGAUACCUAAUCUUUUUCCUGAAAUUGAAAGAGAUCCUGGCAGAAAACCCACUCCUCCAGCUACCAGCUCUACAUCUAAUAGAUUUGGCCGCAGAGGAUCACACAUAGGAGAUACGGAUACAACUUCUUUUCCCGGACAGACCACAACAACAGUAAUAAUUUCACAACCAAGAUCAGCAAAGAUACCAGAAUGGCUGAUCAUAGUUGCUGCUCUUGUGGCUCUGAUAUUGAUUCUUGCAGUCUGCAUUGCUGUCAACAGUCGGAGAAGAUGUGGACAGAAGAAGAAACUAGUGAUUAACAAUGGCAAAGGGGCAGUGGAGGACAAGAAGAUAGGUGGACUGAAUGGAGAAGCCAGCAAGUCUCAAGAAAUGGUGCAUUUGGUGCAUAAAGAACAGUCAAAUGACCGAACGGGACAAUAUGAUGAAUUCCUGACCUCUGACGAAACACAAAAUCAAGAGGCUGACAUGAAGACUGGGGUGUAAUAAUGGUGGGCCAUCUUAUAGAUCAAGAGUUGGGGAAGUCAAAUUCUUAUGGAACUGGGACUGGAACCCACAGAUGCACUGUGCUACUGAUCUCUUUUGAGCAUAAUUAAGCAUAAAUUUCCUGCUUCUUUUUACAUUUUAAAAAAUCAUGUCCAAGUUAUAAAAUUGACAUUGCUUUCUUAACUAAGCCCCUGAGCCAUGCAUAAAUCUUGCAGAUUCCAGUUCCUACCAGGAGGAUGUUCAUCUUCUGUUGUGUGUUAUGAGGGAUGGAAGUUUAUAUGAUGUUUUCCCCAGUUGUAAUACCUUCACUGAGUGAAGCUACGGAAAUAUGUAGUCACUUCAACUUAGAGGCAUUUAUGGUAUUACAUUUAUCAUGGUAGAAGCAUAAGUGAGGAAGAAAUAUCUAGAGAAAAAAAGGUUAAAGGAAAAGGCCUAUAAAGGAUUCUGUAACAUUAGAAUCCUUCAAAAUUGCCUCGUGGCCCUGAAAAGUUUGGUCGGUGAAUUCCGGAGUUGCUGUUGCUUGGGGGAAACUGUGGCAUUUUAUGAUAUGUAAUGAGAGGACCCCAAAGCUUAUUUAUCUCUUCAUUUCUAAAAAUCCAUGGACAGGCAAUGCCAAUCAUUCUUAUUAGGAAGUGGGGGUGGAAAUGAAGACAUGAAAACUUGAGUUGAUACAUAAUAAACUUCUGUACUUUUUUAUCUUAACGAUCUAUGGAGUUUCUUCAGUUUUGAAGCUGUAUUGCUCUUCCCCAUUGAUCAUAGUUUCAGUAUGUUUUUUUAAUGCGCUUUGUUUGUUAGGAUGAUAAAUAAAUGCAGCAACCCCAGCUGAAACACCCAUUUAGAAAUUCAGCAAUAGGAAAUGAUCAAAGAAAAUGGGCAGUGUUUUGUUUCCUGUGCAAUAGGGCUGUAUUUUUCCCUGUUCACAGUUUUUAUUUUGAGGCGCUGAGUCUAACACACAGCUUGUUUUUUGGCAUAAUUAUUGCAUGUUGCACCAUCUUGCUGAUAUUUUUAAAAGCCAAAUUAAAUUUAUGUGAUGUUCUUUUCUACUCUGAAUUCCACUUCAUCCAUCUUUUUUUUUUAAUUCUGCUUAUUAAAAAUGCCAAAAGAAAUAUUGUUCACUUGUUGGAACAAGAAGUUGGAAAUCUCCAAAAGAUCAAAGGAACUGAAAGCAGACAACUCUAACAACAUAGAAUAGCUGCAGCUGCAUUGCCACAUGUUUUUUUUUUUUCCCCUUUGUAUGUCCAUUUAUGUAAAGUAUUUGUUUUAAACUAAGAUGCCAUGCAGUACAGUAUGUCUCUUUGUGCAAAUACACAGUCAGUGCAGUCCAACUGCCACUAAUAGCCAGUGCCCACCACCAUUGUCAAGGAAAAAAAAUAUAAGGAGUGAAUGGCUCCUGAAUUGUGCUCAAAAGUAAUAUUAAUCAAAAACAACCAUCAGGUACAAAACCAAUUAGGAUUUUUAUGCUUUGACUGGCUAUAACUCUCUUAUUUCACUUAAAAGUGCUCAGCUAUAGUCCUAUUUCUUUUUCUAAAGAAACUUUUGUCAGUAAAGAUAUUAUUAGACAAUUUGGAUAUUGGCUCUGACUAUGGUAAUAAGCUUUAUUGGCACCACAACCUGCCAAAUUACUGUGGCUGUGAUUUUUUUUUUUUUUAUUGCAAACCAUUCUCUAAAUGUUUGCUUAUGACAUACUGCACCCUUCUUCCUAUUCUUAGGUAUAUCAGCAAGGGUUAAACUUACCCCCACACAGAGUGGCCAGCACAAAUCUUGCUUAAGUCUCAUGGGCAGGGCUUGUGUGGUGCAUAGGCCAUGUACUGAUUCCAUGUGUAGUGAUAUGUAUCAUCUGUACACUGCCAUAUGUUGAUGCUCAUAGGCUGAAUAUGUGCAACCACAUUGAGGUCAGUGGAGUUACAGCUGUUGACAUGAUCAGUAAAUUUAGUCCAUUUUUGGACCAGAUUUGGUCAGUCUUCUCAUCACUUCUCAUAACCCCUUAUAUCACUGAGAUAUGCUGUAUGUUUCUGUUUAUUUCAUGCAUUGAUUUUUUUUUCAUUCCAAUAGUAUUUUGAAACAGUCUUUCCAUUAGUAAUUCUAAAUCAGCAUGAUCUCUUGAAGGAUACAGUUAAACUGGCAUAGUGGCUAUAACUCACUGGAGUGCAGAGCCCCAGGAAAAGACCUAUUCACCCCCAAUUCAACAGGCCACUACUGAAAGGGGGUAGUUCUCUCAUUGUCUCGAAGCAUAGUUCUUUCUAAGUUCAGGCUUUGGUAUGUUACAACCCAAGUAGAUGUUGGGUGGAGUAUCUGCCAUGUCUUCUGUUGAUUACUCCAUUUUACAUUCAGUAGUUAUUGCAUAGACAAUACUGGUUGUCACCUUCUGAGUUCUUUAGAUAAGGUAAUGCCUAAAUUCUUAUGCAAAAGCAAUGGCCUUCUUUUAUACUGCUACAAUGAUUCUUUCUAAAUCAUGUCAUGUGACAUAUGUGCAAUUAAUUAAUUUGCAUUAUAGUUUCAAGCCUUGAUUAUCAUUUUGUGCAUGUAAUAUAACAAGUGUUUGUACUGGGAUGAUUUUUUAUUAUUAGAUAGGUUAGGCUUUUUUUCAGAGCACUCUUGAUAUAUUUGUAUAUUUAUUUAACAGAUUAAUUAGAAAGGAGAACGUAUAAGGAGAAAAUAAGCCUUAUGAAGAGAGGCUGAGAGCCAUGGGACUUUUCAGCGUGGAAAAGCUCAGGCUCAAGGGUGACCUGUUGGCAGCCUAUGAGUACAUCAGGGUUGUGCAUUGGGACCUGGGGGAAUGCCUGUUCACCAGAGUGCCCCAAGGGAUGACAAGAACCAAUGGUCACAAACUCCUCCAAGACCAUUUUAGGUUGCACAUAAGGAAAAAUGUCUUUACUGUCCGAGCCCCCACAGCCUGGAAUAGGCUCCCUCUAGAGGUGGUGCAGACACCUUCUUUGGAUUCCUUUAAGAGGCAUUUGGACGCUUAUCUUGCUGGGAUCCUUUGAUCCCAGCUGACUUCCUGCCUUUGGGGUAGGUGGGCUGGACUCAAUGAUCUCCUGAGGUACCUUCCAGCCAUAAUGUCUAUGAAAUCUAUGAAAUCUAUAAUUUCUAUACUGUAACCAGACAUAUACUUGCUAAAAAUAUUGUAAAUUAAGCUUCCAAAAAUAAAUUUGAUUUUAAAUUGAGAGGAAAAGAAAUAGGAUGGCAUCAAUAUUAUGAUGCCAGUUAGCAAGCUAGUUGUUUUUAUGGUACCAAUGACCCAUCUGUCUAUUUUCUUGGUUGAAAAGUCUAGCACCGACCAAAAUGAAAUGCUGUGUGAUGGUUGCAUCCUUAACAAGCAUUUUGUAGGCCUUCCAAGUAUUUUUAAACUAGAAAAGAACUCAACAUUCUAGUCCCAAAAGGGGUAACUUCUCAUUACUAGAUAUUAAAUAAGAGAUCUUUUUCUCAUCUCACUUAGAGCUCAGUCCAGGUAGACACUGAUUAUUUCUGAUUCCUGUUGAAGUGUAUGGCAGUUGAGGUAGCUCAGCACCUCAUAGAAUCAAGUGUUUUUAUUAGUAUCACCUCAGUGACUUUACAUUUGGUAUGACAGAUGAGGUCCUGAGUUACAUUGGUGCACACAUGAGAAGUGGGCAGGCAUGAUGAGACUGGUUUACUUCAGCAAAAUGAACAAAGAACAUCCCUAUGGUGUCCCAUUUACUCAAACAGCACUGAAAAAAAGAGGCAUAAUUGAAAAUUGUCCUUACAUGGAGUUGUUCAUUAACGUAUUGAAGGUAUAGAGGAGUGUGAGAAGGUUGAAUAUUGAGUGUGAGAAGGUUAAGAAGAGUGUUAACCCAUUCUGAUUGAUUGACUUCCCCCAUAUUUUCUGAUGAUCUUAAAAAGAAUAGUUUGCUUAAAGGAGAGAAGGGUGGUGCGUUACCUUACAUUAACAGUCUUCAUAUUAAAAUCCUUUAAAAAUCCUUUCCACAGUGUCAGGGAGAAUUUUGAAUUCCCACAGGCUCUAGGGAGCUUUGUCACAUCUCAGGGAUAUCUUCUGUAUGUAAUAUAAGAGUAAUAUAAACUUGUCCUUGCAUUAAGUAGCUUUGAGCAUGCUGAUUCAUCUCCCAAAGAGAUCAUUACCAGGGCCUGAUUACUAGCGCUGUGAGAAGCUUCAGUCUAUGAUUCAAUUCAGUGGAGAUUUGGCCUGAUUCGGUGGCCAAAUCUUCGAAUCUGAAUCGAAUCAGGAGACCCUUUAAUUUCUCCAAAUCGAAUUGGAACC